CACAAAAUAUUUAGGUUUAUUUUCAAUUGCUGUGAAUUGUGCCAUUUAUUUUAAAAUAUUUCGGCAGCUGUAUAUUAUAGCUGUACAUAUUAUUAUCUGAUGUAAUUCUUCGAUAUUAUUGUUGUUACAUGAAAUCUUGCCCGAUGGUGUUAACACACGAACCGAAUAACGUCCUUGUACAUAGAAAUUAUGUGACUGAUGAUAAAUGAUAUAUUUUUUAAUGCAUUGCUUGGUUGUGCAGGAACAAACGUUGUGCUCAAUACUCAUCUAUAAAUGUAUCGUAAUUAUUUCUUUUUAUGUCAGAUUUUAUAAAAAUGACACGAAACCACCACUGUUUCCUUAAUCAUUGCCCUAACAACCGUUUGAUCAAUAGUGACAAAAAUGGACAACGUGCUGCUCCCAACUGAGAUCGAGUUUUACAUCGAGACGAUGGUGCCCCAAGACAUACGACACGUCGGAAACAAACAGUGGUUGGAGUGGCACCAAAGACUGCAAAAACUGAACCAACAAGCCCUAAUUGAAGCCUCACAAAUGCGCGAAGAACACGUCAAGGAAACACUCAUCACGUUCCAAAAAACCCCAGUUUUGGUACACGAAGCCGUUUUGAUCAACAUCUGGAAACACAAAGUGUUGCCCCAGAUGCUAAAACUUGACCCAAACCCGCAGAACACCUUCAUGGGCUACACCAUCCUGUACCAUGAAGCCGUCUGUGUGGCUUUACUGGAACUGGUAAUGUACCAUGGGAACUGUUGCGAUUCUUUGGGCGACUUUUCGGGGGAUUUACUCGACUAUGCCUGCGGUACCACCUCACAACUCCUGGCAAUUGCAAAAGAACCAUCUCACGAAUUAUUAAAACAACUGGAAGACUUGAAAUUCGAUAUCGGGAUUCGCUGUCUGUCCAUCAUUCGCUACAUGGCCGAAAACUUAGACCGGCUUCCGCUCAGUACCACCUCCCGGAUGUACACAACGUGUGAUAUCCCCAUCCUGUUUGCGCAAAUUUUGACCACCCGGCCCUGGAUUAGAGACGGGAAGCAGUACUCUGCCGGGAGGUGGAUGGACUGGGACGGGGAGGCUUUAGGCCAGGCGGAGGCGCAAGUCUGGUUGACUUUGCGUCAGUUGUUGCUGGAUCCAGCCUGUCGCGAGUAUUAUACCGUUACGGAGGCGAGGAGGGCGCAGUUGGCCAAGCUGAUGAUGCUGUUGACGCCGGUUUUGAUGGAUCAGUUGGCACCGCUGGUGGAGUUGAAGCAGUGGUUGUCGCACGUGACGAUGGGGGAGCAAGUGGCGAAGGGCUCAAGGCCCGUGUUGUUGGAGACGGUCUUGGAGGUGAAGGAGCGGAUUGUGGCGCAGGCCGGGGGCAAGUGGAAGAAGUUGGCGAAGGAGCAGUUGCCGGUGGUGUUUUGUAACGAUCAGAAGACGCUAAUGGAGUGUGCACAGACGCUAAGUGACGCUUACAACACCGAUUUGAUUGAGAAAUUCGAAGUGAAGGAAAAGGCCUCAUGCCAACAAUGCGGCAAAAGCGCCAUUCAGCGGUGUUCUCACUGUAAAAAAGCUUGGUAUUGUUCACGCACUUGCCAAGUCACUGACUGGCCCGUUCACAAGGAAAUUUGCAAUAAAACGCAAUGAGUUAUUAUUAAAUUUUAUUUUUUAUAAAAUAAACAAUUACUUAGCAUUCUUAAGGUAUUCUUUAAGAACAUCUAGUGCCGGGGAUUCCUCGCCAUAAUCCUGCAGCACAAAAAUAGAAAACGUGGAAACUAGUAAACUAUCCUUACCCUAAUGACGACGCACGAGCACCCCACGACUUUCCUCGCCUUCCCCGUGUUGUCGAUUUUGCAAAGUCCUGACCACUCGCCCAAUUUCUUGUUAUUGUCGACUUUGAUCAAGGGAAUAUUGUGUUCGGAGCACAGCGCCGACACGAGCUUUUUGUACAUGGGUUCGUCACAAUUUUCGGCGAGAACGCACAGUACUGCCUGUCGCUUGUCCAAAGCUUUGGCGGCUUCGUGAAGCCCGUGUACGAUGCCGUCGUGGAUCAUCGCAGUCUUUAGGACUUCUUGCAGGGCUUGGUUGACGUCCAUCGCGCCACCGGUCGCCGGUGGGGCCACGGGAGUGUCAUCACUGCAAACAUUGAUAGGUUAGGUCGUACACAGGCAAAUUAUUCGGCUAAAAUGAACGAAACAAGCGGUCAGAUGGCGAGUCUCAGCAAGGCUGUCUUAUUGGGUAACUCUCAGAAGAGGGAGCCGCCACGAAUCAUCACGAGAGACGUGUUUUCGAGACAAAUAAACAAUAGGGUUAGGUACUCACACUUCGACGUCCGACAUUUCUGUUGGUUUUCUGAAACAAAGCGAAAUAUGAGUGCCAUGGGGCCCUGGAGACGCUAUUUAACGAUAAUUUGGGGUGUUUUCAAGAGGAUGGUUGCUGGGUUUUUGGAUAAAUUGCAAAAACGUGAAAAAUACCUUGUUACUGAUCGUAGCCAAGAUGAAAGGAAGUUGGGGAUUUUGGCGAGCGUAGUUGUCACCCACCUUGCCAGGAGUACCAAUACAGAACUUGAAAUUCGGCGAAAAAAAAGUAAAAACCACAUAAAAAAAUGUUUUAAAACGUAAAAGCGAGCAUAUUAUCAUUACUUAAUAAUAAUUAAUGUUGUAAUGCCCUUACGUUCCUUUUAGUGUAAUUUUAUUCACUUGCUGUUAUUGGUAGUGCGCUCCCUUGCGCCGCGUUUUGUUACUAAUUGCACUAAAAAUGCCUGUCUUGUUUUGCCUCGUCCACUUUUGCUAAAGUUUGUUUACAGUUCGUUGUGCCACCAAUUUGGAAUCGCCCCCGGCACUAAUUUGGCAAUUAGAACACCGAAACUAGCGUUAAAUUGUGACCAAAAGCCGGCGGGUUGUUUCCUCGGAAAAGUGAUCAAAGUAACAGGAAAGCGAGCUGAUCGCCGCCUCGUCGCUGUACCUCGCCGGCAAGGUGAAGGACGACCCCCUGAAGAUCCGCGACAUCAUCAACGUGGCCCACAACACCCUCCACCGCGGCAGCAGCCCCCUUGAGAUCGGCGACGAGUACUGGAGUAUGCGCGACGCCAUCGUCCAGGCGGAGCUGCUCAUUAUGCGAGUGCUGAAAU